UGAUGACGUCAUAAAACUGCGACUGAUUAAGAACGCGCGUCUGGUGGUCUCGCUCUUCGUCGUGAUUUCUAGAAUCGGCGUUCAGACGCGGUUUUCGCGCAUUAUGUCGUUAGUGUCCUUUUGGGAAUCGCUGCUGUGUCAACAGAGGACAAAGUGACAAGAAUACAAAGCGAUUUGAGUUUGAGAUGGACCAAAACACCCCAGACUGAGGUUUUUUUUCCGCUGCUCCAAUUAUUUCCCGCUUUGGCGACUUGAGUUUCUCCGCAUCCAACACGUACAACAUGUCGCCGCCUCUCUAGCGUCGUCUCAGGGAUGGACUUCAGCGCGUGCUAUGUGGACACCAUGUCCAGCGUGGCCGUCGCCGCUCGCCUCGGCGACAGAAGUUGCCUGAGGCGGCUGCUUAGCGAGGGACGCAGUGUGUCCUGUACCGACAACCGGGGUUGGAUGCCCCUCCACGAGGCGGCCCACGCCGGCAUGAUGGGCUGCCUCAAGGAUAUUCUCUCGGCCGCCAGAACCGGCGUCUCGCUGUCGGAAUUCCGCACUUACGUCAACUCCAGCACCCACGAGGGAGAGACGGCCUGCUUUCUGGCGGCAAGAGGGGGCCACGUAGGGGCUGUACGCCGCCUCAUCAAAUCCAAAGCCAAAAUAGACCAGCUCACCAACGACCUCUCAUGUCCGCUUUAUGCAGCGGUGGACAACGGCCACAUAGAGGUGGUGCGCUUGCUGAUGGACAAGGGGGCAGAAUUGAACAGAUCGCACACGGCCACCUGCUGGACUUGCCUUCAUCUCGCCGUCUAUCGGGAUCACGUGGACAUCGUGCGGAUGCUAGUGCAGUCGGCCGAGCUGGAGGUGCGUGACGACUACAAUAUGACGCCGCUCUUCCUGGCGGCGAAGCACGGUCGGCAACAAUGUCUAGAGAUCCUGAUCCACGCAGGUGCCGACGUCAACGCACAGGCAUCGGACAUGGCCUCACCCCUGAUGCUGGCUUCCCAGCAGGGUCACGAGUCUUGUGUGGAGUUGCUGCUGGAGCACAACGCCAACGCCAACUUGAACUGCAGCUACGACUGGCCCCAGCUGCCCAUCCACGCCGCCGCACAGUUCGGCCACCUCGGAAUCCUGCGCCGGCUGCUGCCCGUCACGAUUCGCCAAUGCGACCGCGGCGAGGGCUUAGUGAGCCCGCUCUACCUGGCCAUUCAGGGUGGCCAAGCAGCCUGCGUGGCGCUGCUUCUGGACCAAGGCUUCAGCCCGGAUGCCCAGAGCCGCCUGCACUCGAUGGGCCCUCAUUCGCCGCUCAGCUUCGCCUUCCACAGCGGAUACAGUGACAUAUCUGGGAUGUUGCUGGCGGCAGGGGCGGCGCUGCACAAGUGGGAGUGGAAGCCGGUGCUAGGCCAAAAGAACUCGAGCCUGCUCAAGCUGGUCCUGGAACACAGGUGGCUUUACCCCCCGCGACACCCCCGCGGCGAUUCGAGCAAGGUGGCUUUGAGGCGGCCCGAGUUGGACGACAUGUUAAGGACGGCGUUGAAGCUCUUGGAGUUUGCGGUCGACUGGCUGCCGCCGCUACUCCGGGCCGGACUGGACCCAGACUCGCUGCAGCGCUCCAUCGUGCUCGAGAAGGUCGACAGCGAGCUGCUCAACUUCCUGCUGCAGUUUGUCAACUGGUCGACGAUGUCGCCCGCUUUGAAAAACAUCCUGUGGCGAAGACGGGCGCAGGAGACGUGGCACCCACUCCCGCAAUUUGACUCGGUCCCCGACCUGUCACACCUGUGCCGGCUGCGCAUCAGGACCUUGAUGGGACCAGAGGAGGUGAUGAGGACGGACGCGGUCGCCGAGCUUCCCGUGCCCCCGAGCAUCCAGCGCUUCCUGCAGUUCACCUAAUUCGUUCCUUCCAAUGUUUUCAGUAGGCAUUCCGCAAGUUUCCUCUGCAGCGGGGAGAUAUAACUGACAAGAGUUGCUUUGUUUGAAAGGGUGAUGGGUUUGGAGUUUCCUGCAUGUUAGGUUUGAAGUGUUCAUACAUUCAGAUUAGAAAUUGCAUGUCGUUUCUAUAUUUUUGUUACCCUUCCUAAAUUAAAACUAUUGCAUUGUG